CUGGAGGGCACUGCAAUUAUCUUCAACAUCGAGCUGCGAGCCUGAUUUCUAUGGAACCCAUUACCUGCUUCUCUUCGGGCGGACCUUACACUAUUCUUGCCCGAUUCUCCAGAUCGAUGCUCGCUUGCUGCUACUCCUUCGAGCAGCUCAGUUCCAGACGCUCUAAUUUGUACAUCAGACGCCUCAAUUACACUGCCGGAGCCCCUACAAUGGCUGCUCCUCUUCAAGUUUCUGCAUCGUCGGCCAUUGGUGCGUCCAAGGAGAGAUUGGAGACUUCCUCGUCAGGGUCGACCGGAGCGCAUGAUUUGCUUAUAGUCGGACCCGGGGUUCUUGGCCGGUUGGUGGCGCAAAAAUGGCGGGAGGAACAUCCGGGAUGCGAAGUUCAUGGGCAGACCGUCACGGCGGAUCACCACGACGAGUUGAUCCAAAUAGGGAUUCAGCCGUCUUUGAAGGGAGGCGAUGCGACUCGGAGUUUUCCUUAUGUCAUUUUCUGCGCUCCUCCCUCGCGAACCUCGGACUAUCCCGGCGAUGUCAGGCUGGCUGCAUCAAGUUGGAAUGGAGAGGGCUCCUUUCUUUUUACUUCAAGUUCUGCACCAUAUGAUUGCAAUGACAAUGGAUCAUGUGAUGAGGAUAGUCCAGUUGUGCCGGUGGGGAGGAGCCCUAGGACUGAUGUUCUCCUAAAAUCAGAAAAGAUAGUAACGGAGCUUGGUGGUUGUGUACUUCGAUUAGCUGGACUUUACAAAGCAGAUAGAGGGGCACAUUCUUAUUGGUUAGAGAAGGGGACGGUUGAUAUUCGUCCCGAUCACAUCCUGAAUCUUAUUCAUUACGAGGAUGCUGCUUCCCUCUCGGUGGCGAUUCUUAAGAAAAAUCUUCGUGGACGGAUUUUCUUAGGUUGUGAUAAUCAUCCUUUAUCCAGGCAAGAAAUCAUGAACAUGGUGAUGAAGAGUGGGAAAUUCAGUAAAAAGUUCGAAGGUUUUACUGGAACCAAGGAUCCUUUAGGAAAGAGAUUGAACAACUCGAAAACUCGAGCAGAAGUAGGCUGGGAGCCGAAGUACCCGAGUUUCAGUCAGUUCCUCGAAACCAUUUAAUUUAGUGCCCUCCUUGUGUCAUGACAAAUAAGUUUGAACUUGAAAAUUGGCUUGAGAAUACAACGCAUCUAGCUUGGAGCUUUUGCAUCUCCUUGACCUCUGUAACUUGGUUUCAAAUGGACAAACGGAUCGGUUCGAUAGUAAACAUGAGUUGAUCGGAGCUGCUGACCGUGUUCAAACAUUUGAAACUGUAUUCAGUACAUCCUGCAUCAUACAUUUGUAAAGAGAAUUGAUACCACUGAACGACAUUUGCUCAUAAUUGAAGUGUUUUGAUACGCUUUUUCUGUGCCA